AUGAGUAAAGGCCGAGACACGGGUAUCAAGGAUAAUUGGAAAUGCAUCCUUAUCUGCUUGGCUAUGUCCCUCGCCAACUGCCAAUACGGGUACGAUACUGCGACCAUUGCCGGGUUCCAGGCGAUGGUAGGCUUUUUAAAGAUCUAUGGCUACAAAGACAAGAAGGCAAAGAUUGGGUGGAACAUCCACACAACUCCGCAGCAACUUAUUAGCUCGUUCUUGAACAUCGGCACGAUUAUCGGAGUCGUGCUCACCCAUCUCUGGGGGCGGCGCUUCGGGCGUAGGCAGUCUAUUUGGCUGGCUUCAUUGAUUAGUUUUGUAGCAGCUGGCUUACAGGUCGGCUCAGAGCACUUGGUCGGCUUAUACUUUGGAAGAAUCUUGAUUGGAAUCAGCAACGGCUUCUUUAUCACAUUUGCAAAUGUGUACACGGCGGAAGUCAGCCCACCACACCUCCGAGGUUCGAUCGUGUCCUUCUUCGGAAUUUGGGUAAACAUUGGAAGUAUGUUGGGAGCUAUUGCAAACAACUUUUCCAAGGAUUAUAAAAGCAAGCUCUGCUACCAGAUUCCACUUGCGAGUCUCUACGCGAUCCCUUUCAUGCUCAGUAUCCUAAUGGCUUUUCUUCCCGAAUCGCCAAGAUGGCUCCUAGUCCAGGGUCGACCAGAUCAAGCGAGACAAGCACUAGAGAGAUUGCGUGGGAACUCUUUCAAGAACAAGCCAGAGCUUUUAGAAGAAGAAUUUCUCGAAAUGAAACGCGGCAUUGAAGAAGAGAAGUCGUUGGCGACCGGCUCGGCCAGAAUGCCACCUUUCAAGGGUACCGACUUACGCCGCACUAUGAUCUGCUUCGCAGUCAUUCUUAGUCAUUCUUCAUCCGGCGUAUGGCUUGUCAUUGGUUAUGGCACAUUCUUCUUUCAAAUGGCUGGCGUAGACAAACCCUUCCUUGCCACGAUCCUUAAAUCCUUUAUGGGAUUCCUUGGUGUCUGCCUCGGCAUGUCACUUUCCUACAAGGUAAUCGGAAGACGAUUCUCGAUGCUACUAGGACAUGGCGGUGCGGCAGUCUUCAUGCUAGGCAUGGGCAUAGCGCAUUCGGUUGCACCCGAAUCUAAGGAAGCAGGAAAGGCGAUAGUCGCUUGUGCCUUGCUCUACCAUUUUACAUACAAUGGCUUCUCUGGCGCUUUAAGCUGGCCAGUCGCGAAUGAAUUAGUAAGCUCCAGGUUAAGAGUCAUCACGAUUGGUGUUGGGACGGGAAUAAAUUAUGUCUUUGCCUGGUUGACCUCAUUCACAACCCCUUAUUUUAUUAACUCUUCAGAACUCAAUUGGGGGGCUAAGGCGAGUUUCCUAACCCACCACGCCAUCAAUCCGAGCGCAACAUACUUUUACUUCUUCUUACCCGAGAUGCGCAAUCGCUCACUCGAAGAGAUCGACGAAAUAUUCAACAAUAAGGUAGCGACAUUCGACUUCCCUAAGUAUCAAUGCGUUUCGUCGGAAAGGGCGAAGGAACUUGCGCUCAAGAAUAUUGGGGCUGAUAGAGAAAGCGUGGCGGGAAAAGAGAAGCAGAGUGGCGUUGAACUGAGGGAAACUAUGGCAUGAACACAUGCGAGUAACUGCACUUCAUACCGGCUAGGGAUGAGUCUUAUCAAGAACCGAAGCGAAGGGACUAUAUUUAGGGGGCGAUUCCAGCUACCCAGAACUAUCAUAAAUU